CGUCGCUAGGGUGUUUCGCGUUACCGUACUGGCAGACUCCUCAUAACAGUGCUACUUUCUAACAUGGCAGAUCAAUUUGUGUUGUAUUAUCAUGUGACGGGGAAAAGUUCUCGUUCAUAAGACGGUCUCUGUGUAAACUAUCGUAGAUUUUCCUCGCGAGGAAAACGUGUUGUCAGCUCAAAUCAUCGUUGCGAUGGCGGACAUGAAAAGUCCACCGUUCAGUGACAUUAAACGGCCCGAGGAGGUGGUGGCGAUGGCGAUGAACGACAGCCUGAAAUUCGCCGUGCUGAUCGGGCUGAUCGAAGUGGGACAGGUGUCGAAUCGGGAAGUUGUCAACACCGUGCUUCACCUGGUACGUAUAUGACACAAGGACAAUCACGAAGGGCCUCAGUAGAUGCAAUUCACGUGAAUGUGGUGAGAUGCUGCCGAAGCACGUAACAAAGGCUCGGUUAACGCUCUGUAAACGACCGUAGAAUGCAAAUAAAUCGUUUACCAUAUCACUCUCUUUCACUCUUUCACUGUGUGCUUUCACGAACG